ACCCCCACCCCCACCCGCCUAGGCAGUCCUCCCCUAAACACCAGCCCUCUUCUCGUCGUCCUCAGCCCCUGCCAGCUGUGGGGGAACCAGAUCGCUUCCAGGAGGAGGGACAAGGUCGGUAGCCCCCUCCCGGUGCGGGGCCUGAGCCCAGUAGAGUCCAGGACCUCUGCUGCCAGUCAUGUGGGCUAGACUGUUGCUUCAUGUCACCUACAUCUUGAUCCCGUUGCUGGGGUCUUCAGCCCGAGGCUACACCGGGAGGAAGGCGCCAGGGCACUACUCUGCGGAGAGACGUCGUCUGGGGCCCCACGUCUGCCUCUCUGGCUUUGGGAGUGGCUGCUGCCCUGGCUGGGCCCCUUCCAUGGGCAGUGGGCAUUGUACCCUGCCCCUCUGCUCCUUUGGCUGUGGGAAUGGAAUCUGCAUCGCCCCCAAUGUCUGUUCCUGCCAGGAUGGAGAGCAAGGGGCCACUUGCCCAGAAGCCCAUGGAUCCUGCGGGGAGUAUGGUUGUGAUCUCACCUGUAACCACGGUGGCUGUCAGGAGGUAGCCCGAGUUUGCCCUGUGGGUUUCUUGAUGACUGAGACAGCUGUUGGUAUCCGGUGUGCGGACAUUGACGAGUGUUUAAGCUCAUCUUGUGAGGGCCACUGCGUGAACACAGAAGGUGGCUUCGUGUGUGAAUGUGGGCCAGGCAUGCAACUGUCGGCUGAUCGUCAUAGCUGCCAAGACACUGACGAGUGCCUGGGAACACCCUGCCAGCAGAGAUGUAAGAACAGCAUUGGUAGCUAUAAGUGCUCCUGCCGCGCUGGCUUCCACCUCCAUGGCAACCGACACUCCUGCAUAGAUGUCAAUGAGUGUCGGCGGCCGCAGGAGAGGAGAGUCUGUCACCACACCUGCCACAACACUGUGGGCAGCUUCCUGUGCACCUGUAGACCUGGUUUCAGGCUUCGAGCUGACCGUGUGUCCUGUGAAGCUUUCCCGAAGGCCGUUCUGGCCCCAUCUGCCAUCCUGCAGCCCCGACAGCAUCCCGCUAAGAUGUCCCUGCUCCUCCCUGAGGCAGGCCGGCCUGCCCUGUCGCCAGGACACAGCCCUCCCCCAGGGGCCCCAGGAUACCCCACUGGUGUUAGAACAAUCAGUCAGCCAUCUACCACCCAGGUCCUACCCACAUUCUUUCCCACACAGUUGAUAUCCACCCCAGUGCCAAGUUCCUCCCCACAGGGGACCCUUGGACCCCCCUCACUCCUCCAAGGGGAGGCUGUAGGGACCCCUUCCUCACCUAGGGGUCCUGAAAACCCAAAGCUGGGAGCAGGGCCCUCUUCCUGCUGGCACCUGGGAGCCACGUAUGAAUCAGGGAGCCGCUGGAACCAGCUGGGGUGUUCUCAGUGCCUGUGCCAGGAUGGAGAGGUGACCUGUGGAGAAGUAAGGUGUGACACUACCUGUUCCCAUCCAGUUCCUCCGAGAGAUGGGGGGUGCUGCCCCUCUUGCACUGGCUGCUUUCACAGUGGCGCUAUCCGAGCCGAAGGGGAUGUGUUUUCACCUCCUGGGGAGAACUGUACUGUGUGUGUCUGUCUGGCUGGAAAUGUUUCGUGUAUCUCUCCCGAGUGUCCCCCUGGUCCCUGCAAGGCUUCCCCACAGUCAGAUUGCUGUACUUGUAUUCCAGGGAGAUGCUAUUUCCAUGGCCGGUGGUACACGGACGGGGCUGUGUUCAGUGGGGGUGGUGACGACUGUACCACCUGUGUCUGCCAGAACGGGGAGGUAGAGUGUUCCUUCACACCAUGUCCAGAGCUGGAGUGCCCUCGAGAGGAGUGGCUGCUGGGCCCAGGACAGUGCUGUUUUACCUGUCGAGAGCCCACACCCAGCACAGGCUGCUCUCUGGACGACAACGGGGUUGAGUUUCCGAUCGGACAGAUCUGGUCGCCUGGUGAUCCCUGUGAGUUAUGCGUCUGCCAGGCAGACGGCUCUGUGAGCUGCAAGAGGACAGACUGCGUGGACUCUUGCCCGCACCCCAUCCGGAUCCCUGGACAGUGCUGUCCCGACUGUUCAGCAGGCUGCACCUACACAGGUAGAAUCUUCUACAACAACGAAACCUUCCCGUCAGUGCUCGACCCCUGUCUGAGCUGCAUCUGCCUGCUGGGCUCAGUGGCCUGUUCACCUGUGGACUGUCCCAUCACCUGUACCUACCCCUUCCACCCGGAUGGCGAAUGCUGCCCUGUAUGCCAUGACUGUAACUUCGAAGGGAGAAAGGUGGUGAAUGGCCAGGUGUUCACCUUGGAUGACGAGCCCUGUACCCGGUGCAUCUGCCAGCUGGGAGAGGUGAGCUGUGAGACAGUCCCCUGCCGGCCAGUCUGUACUGACCCCUCCUGCCCAGAUUCCGUGUUUCCUCUAGAAGAAAAGCAGCGACCCACCCCUCAUGGAGAACUUGCCAAGGCUGCUCGGAAUACCCGUGGAGACACUGAGGUCCCUGUCAACUGUAGCUCCUGCCCAGGGCCUCCAUCAGCAUCACCUGCAAGGCCCAUGGUACAGCUCCUGCAGCGGCUUUUGAGAACAAACCUGUCUAAUGGACAGUCUGCAUCCCCAGGCCCUCCAGUGGCCCAGACCUCAUCCUCACUCCUGUUGGAGUCAGAGGGCGUAUCCCUUGGGGAGCCAGGGGCCUCCCAGCCCCCUGAGCCCUCAGCAGGGUCACCUGUCUCUCCUGGACUGUCCACUCUACCUCUAGCCAUUCCAGGGACUCCUUCAUCACCUGUCACUCCAGAAAGCUCUUCUUCAACCUUUGGGGCCCAGACAGCAUUCCAGUGGCUUCUGUCUGCCACCCCCUUGACUGAGGCAGAAACACCUUCAAUGACCGAUGCUGACCUCUCAGAGACCCGCACCACCUCCAUGAGGCCUCAAAGACUCUCUGCAGCUCUCCCGGACACCCCCAACCCUGUUCCCCAACAGUCCACCACUGACACCUCUAAGAAGGAGGACUCUACCAUCUGAGUGGCUCACAAUGCCUGGGACAUGCCAGUGUGUGUGACUGCAGGGGUAAAACUGGUGGGGUGUUCAGAGAAGACCUUAGAAUAAAAUGGCCAUCUAUAAAUCAAGGAGAGAGGCACCAGAAGAAAUGACCCAAAAUACCCCCUGGCUUUGGACUUUUAGUCUCUAGAAUUGUGAGAACACAUGUUUCUGCUUGGCCCCUGCCAUUGUCUGUGUUGGUUCCUGUGGCCCUGGCACACUAAGUCAGCAGUGCCCACCCGCGCUCAGGCAGAGCCACGCCUGGGGUGAUCCCUGACAUUGACGUCAUAUGACAUCCAUCCGAGAAGUGUUUUUGGACUUGUCUGUUAUCUCUGUCA